UGUUUCCUGUCCCUUCAACCGGAAGUGGACGGUUUUUUCUCACGGAAGUUGGUGGCCGCGUCGGAAGCGGUUCCUAGUGUGUCUGGACAAACCAGCUUUUGGUGGGGAAAUAAUGGAUCCAAUAGAGGGCAAUUUGUUUGACAUUCCCGAUUAUGAACACAUCCAGGAUGAGGUGUUUCAACCUCUACCUCCCCCAGCCUCCCCAGGGGGAGAUGAUGAAGAAGAGCCAGAGGACAACAAAUUGCCUCCAAACAAGGAUUCCACUGUGACUACCAGGAAAGGUGUUAAAAGGCCAGUUCCUAAACUAGAUGCUCAAAGGUUAAUUUCAGAGCGAGGUCUUCCAGCUCUGCGGAAUAUGUUUGAUAAUGUGAAAUUCAAAGGUAAAGGGUAUGAGGCAGCAGACCUUAAGACACUUAUAAGGCACAUGGAGCACUGGGCUCACAGACUGUUCCCUAAACUUCAGUUUGAAGAUUUUGUUGACAGAGUAGAAUGUUUGGGAAAUAAAAAAGAAGUUCAGACAUGCUUAAAGCGAAUUAGACUUGACCUGCCCAUUUUGCAUGAAGACUACACAACAAAUGAAGGUGAUGAUGGUGGAAGCAAUGGACUUAAUACAGCUACUGAAGAACUAGAUAUUUUUUCUGAGAACCAAAAUGCAAAAGAAGAAAUCGUUUCAUCUCAAAGUGCCACUCUAACAGUGGAGCAACAGCAGAGAAUUGAAAGAAACAAAAAAAUAGCUCUUGAAAGAAGACAAGCGAAACUGCAGCUUGACAGUCAGUCACAAGAAAAUGAGCUACCUGUGACCCAACCAAAUGAAGAGUCUAAUGACAUUCCGGCUCAGGAACGGGAGGACAUGACUGUAGAAGCAGAAAACUUACCUUUUCAAGCUACUGAGAAUGAGAUGCAAUGUGGACAUGAAGAUGAUGAUAAAUGAACUUUUACCGUUUAGGAUUAAGGGACCUAAAGACCUCUCUCACACUGAAGGGGUGGUAGCAGUGUCCUCCAUUGCUUGCUGCUGAAGGUUUGGGUUUUUUUCAUGGAGUUCUUACUGAAUCAACUUUGGAGGCUCAUGCUGAGCCAUUUUACUAGCUCUUCAUACAUGAGAAAGGAGAUCCUGAAGUUUUUACAGUUUUACUGCCAUAAUUUGAAGCCGAAAAUAAAAGCCCUAAUUUCUCUAAGCUAGAAAUCAACAUGGACACUCAGAUGUUGACCACUACCUUUGAAGAACAGAACCUGUACAUUUCUGAUGUUGAUGUUUUUUAAAAAAAAAAAAAACUUUGCACCAUCCAUAUUUUAUACUACCGAUUAAAAUAACCAUUGGAAAUUAGAAACGUAACCUUCUGGAAGGAAAUUCAACCAUUAUGCAAUGUUUAUAUAUGCUAGUCAGGGGGAAAUGUGUGUGUGUGGUGGGGGGGGGGGGUUAACAGUACAGACAAGGUACCUUGCAGAAGGGGCUACCAGUCAGAGGUAAAAGCAGCAAGGCUUGAUCUGCUCUGAAAUGGAGGUACAGAGAGGUGCUGUUCUUCCUCAGUACCUCUUGGAAUACUGACAGUUGCUUGGCAUAUUACCUACAUUCUCCAUUCCUGAGCUUUUAACUCCUGCUGUACCACAACAAAUUCUGGUGUCCAUCUCUCACAAAGAAAUAUGUCCUGGAACUCCUAUGGGGUGUUUUAUGAUAGUUUCACAAAUAAAACUUGAGUUGACCAAAAUAAUAAAUCUUUCCCUCUUUCACCCAUACAGUCUGAAUUCAGAUUCUGAAAAAAGGUCAAAGGUCUCUAGAUGGGAUGACUCUGUGCUGGUUCCUGUUCUGAUGUCCUGUGAGGCUUGCAACUUGUUAUUUGAAGCCGGAUGGUGGCAGCGUGACACCGAGAAUUCUGUACAGAUACCUGA